AUGUCUGAAGCUUCAUCUAGUCAAUAUCUAGAUGAUAUCGGUCAGUUAACUUAUGAAGAAAGUACCCUAUCUCCAAUAGAUGCUGGUUUCUCACCAGUUGGAUCUAAGGGUCAGGAGAAGGAAGUAGAGCAAAAUAUAGAGAUUGACUCGUCCCCGUUAUCCACAGUUCAGUCUACUGGUCUAACAUUAUCAUCUAUCGACAAGGUAACUGUAAAUGUGCGAAAUCUAUCACUCACAGUGGCCCCUACCGACCCAGCAUCCCUGCUUGGUAGGUUGCUCAAAGUCAAGUCUGCAUUAGGGGGUGGAUCCAAGUCAGAAGAAGAUGCGGAGUCGUCAACUGGAACUAGUUUGGUUGAAACGUGGCAUGAUAACGAGAAAACAAUUGACAGUAAUGCUCCAGAUGUUCUAUCUGGUUCUCGAAAGAAAAUUCUACAAAAUAUAUCAGUUGAUGUCCCGGCUGGCAGUAUGAUGGCUAUAAUUGGAGGUUCAGGUUCAGGAAAAACAUCGUUGCUAAAUGUCAUGGCUUACAGGAUGGGAUCUAGAAAUCUUCAUUGCGAGGGUUCUGUCACUUUCAACGGUAAUCCUAAUAUUAAUCAUGUCCGUAAUGCUUAUGUCAUGCAGCAAGACGUUUUACAACCAAAUUUAACAUGCCGUGAAACGUUAGUCUAUGCUGCCAAUCUCAGGUUACCGUCUUCAACGUCCCGUCAGCAAAGGGCUGACUUGGUUGAAGAGAUUAUUCUUGAACUUGGUUUAAAAGAGUGCGCCAAUACACUAGUGGGUGAUACAGCUCACAAAGGAUUAUCGGGAGGAGAGAAAAGAAGAUUAAGCAUCGGCAUUCAGUUACUAGCGAACCCCUCAGUUUUGUUCUUAGACGAACCAACAACUGGCUUAGAUGCCAACUCGGCCUUUUUACUUGUCGAGACGUGCAAAAAAUUGGUCCUGAAAGGGCGCACGAUUAUCAUGAGCAUUCAUCAACCUAGAUCUGAUAUCUUUUUCUUGUUUGAUUCCGUUACUAUAUUAACCCGUGGUCAAGCAGUAUACUCCGGUUCCGUUAGAGACGUUCUCCCGUAUAUAGAACAACUUGGAUAUAACUUCCCAACUCAUAUGAACCCUGCUGACUUUUUGAUCGAUUUAUCUGCCAUUGACACGAGAACUGCUGAACAAGAAGUGAAAACAAAAAGAGUGGUAAACAGACUACUGGCAGCUUGGAUUGCUAACCAGAGAUUUGGACCUGUAAUGCAACCUGACUCAGUUCCUCCUUCGUCCUCGGCCGCUCUUGCCAAAGCCCCGUUAUGGCGAGAGAUUGCGGUAUUAACUAAAAGAUCAUUUAUCGUGUCCAUGCGAGACCCCAUGGGAUUGGUAGGUCUCCUUUUGGAGUGUGUACUGAUGGGUACCAUAUGUGGAUGGAUCUUUUUCAAAUUAGACGGCUCAAUAUCUGGUAUUAGAUCUAUGGAAGGUUUACUUUAUACUUCCUGUGCAGCACAAGGAUAUCUUAUUCUGCUUUAUGAGACUUACCGACUUUGUGGUCCUGAUUUGCGUGUUUUCGACAGAGAGUAUAAUGACGGUUCAGUUGGCCCAUUUGGUUAUCUAAUAUCCCGAAGGCUAUCCAAGAUGUUUACUGAGGACCUAUAUGUUCCCCUAAUCUAUUCUGUAAGUAAUAUUCUUUUCUGA